GCAGCAGCUCUUCUGUGUCUGAUCAUACUUGGCGCUGUCGCUCUUGUCGCGCUCCACAAGCGAAAGAAGAGGAAACGAUCGGUGUCACUGGUCGGCCUCAUCCGUAAAGGGACGCCAUUGGCAUCGCUCAGGAAAGAGUUCAGCAUGACCGGUUCGCCCCGUACGCACAUCUUCACCUACGAGGAGCUCGACGAGGCCACCGACGGCUUCAGCGACGCCCGCGAGCUCGGCGUCGGCGGCUUCGGGACAGUGUACAAAGGGAUUCUCCGCGAGGUGGCGUUCCGGUGCCUGCAGCCGGAGCAGGACGUGAGGCCGCCGGUCAGGGAGGUCUUGGACGUGCUGAGAGAGGCUCAGAGGACGGAGCAGGUUAGAUGUGUCACCGACGAUGACGUGGGGUUGCUGAAGAAGAGCAUCGACGGCUCACCUGACUCCGUGAUGUACCCGUGGAUAAGCCCAUCCACAACUACCAAUAACAGCAGUUGAGGGUUCAGAAAAUAUUGCCGUCAGUGGCCUGUGUGAGUGUGAGGACUCUGCGAAAUGUAAAUUGAUCACAUAGUACUGCUGGUGUAUCUUUUUUUUUUCAGGAACUACCUUCACACAUCUUGGAUGAGCCAGCCGCAUUCCGCAGUACAGGGAGUCGCGCAAAGUCACAGUGUGCAAUUGUGCAUGAUCGCCGACUUGACCAACUAGGGGACCCAAAUUUCCAGCAAAAUCAUACGCCAGUGUGUGUAUGUCUCGCGCAGUGCAACAAUGCCAAUAGAACACUCUCCUCUCCACGUCCUGCUCUUCCUCUGCAGCCUCGCCGCCGGCUCUGCAGCCACCGAACUGAUCCCGAACGCCACCACGUCGUCGUCGUGCCCGUCGUACCGGUGCGGCCACGCCGUGGACAUCCGGUACCCGUUCUGGAUCGACGACACGAGCGCCGGCAACGCCUCUGCCUCCCACUACUGCGGGUACCCGAGCCUGCGUCUGGAGUGCCGCCGCGAGACGCCGGUGCUGCCGCUCCCGUCGGGGGACUACGCCGUAACCCACAUCCUGUACAGCGACAGGACCGUCUCCCUCUUCGACCUCGGCGUAUUCUCGCUGUCCAACACCUGCCCGCUCGUCGGCCGCAACCUGUCCCUCCCGUCCGGAUCGCCGCUGUCGCUCACGGCAAGGGACACCAGCCUCAUCCUCUUCAUCCACUGCACCUUCAUGGGCCUCCCGAGCCACCUCGUGGCGUGCCUCGAGGGCGACGGCAUGCACCACUCGUACGUCUUCCGCGACGGCGACGAGCUCAUGCCCCACGGGUACGCGGGCCUGUGCCAGGACGUCAUCGGCAUGCCGGUGCUCAGAAGGUCCCUACCCGGGGCCGGGGCCGGGGGAUCCGGCCCGCUGGACGCCAUCGUGCCAGCGCUCAACAUGGGUUUCGAGCUGAGCUGGAGCCCGGAGUUACACGGAGAGUGCGGCCAGUGCGAGAGAGCCGGCGGCUUGUGCGGCCGGCGUCGGCAGGCGGUGCACGAGGCGUGGACCUUCGCGUGCUUUCGGGCUGCGGCGACUUCUGCAUGGAUUGCUCCGAGAUCUCCAGGUGAGCAACAUAGAUCGAAUACACCUUUUAGAUGAUUUCGUUUCCUUUUCUUUACAGGAUUUUCCGUUCCUCUAGUGGGCUUAAUAAGU